AGACAGGACUGUAGCCUGUUUAUAAUACAAGUUGUCCUACAAGAAGCUCAUCCAUUAAACAAGUGAUCUAUAAACUUCAGACUCUAAAUAUUUGGAUGGCUUGAUUGUGUCAUUCUCUUAGUCAUUAACAUUUAUUUUUAGAAGUACUUAGAGCACUUACUUCCCCCCCAGAAAUUGCCACAUUCCAUAUUCUGAGCUGUGAACUUUUGUUUUAAUCGGUCUUUACAGCUGAUGCCCUCAUAUUGGCAAAGCAGAAUUUAGGACGAUGGGAGUGACUAAUCUAUGGCAGAUCCUGGAGCCUGUGAAAGAACAUGUUCAUCUGAGCAGUCUCAGGGGAAAAACCCUUGCUGUUGAUUUAAGUCUAUGGGUGUGUGAGGCACAGACUGUUAAAAAGAUGAUUGGAGUAGUCACCAAGCCUCAUCUUAGGAAUCUAUUUUUUCGAAUCUCUUCUUUAACCUCAAUGGAGAUCAAAUUGGUGUUUGUGAUGGAGGGGGAUGCCCCAAAGCUGAAAGCAGAAACAAUGAGUAAGAGGAAUGAGCUCCGCUAUGGGUCUUUGAAAAAACCUAGGGCUGCAAAAACAGGGAGAUCCUAUUUUAAAUCAGUUUUAAAAGAGUGCCUUGAAAUGUUGGAGUGUUUAGGAUUACCUUGGGUUCAAGCAGCUGGUGAAGCGGAGGCGAUGUGUGCUUAUCUGAAUGCAAAUGGAUAUGUGGAUGGCUGCAUCACCGAUGAUGGAGAUGCUUUCUUGUAUGGAGCUCAGACAGUUUAUAGGAAUUUCACUAUGAAUGCAAAGGACCCACAUGUUGACUGCUAUACAAUGUCCUCUAUUAAGGAGAAACUAUGUUGUGACAGAGAGUCUCUGAUUGGGCUAGCAAUUCUUCUUGGUUGUGAUUAUCUUCCUAAGGGAGUGCCAGGAGUUGGAAAAGAACAAGCUUUAAAGUUAAUUGCGACUUUGCGAGGUCAAAGUUUACUACAGAGGUUUGAUCAAUGGAAAGGACAGCUUCAACGUGGUAAUGCAUCUGUUCUAACAGUUAACAAGAUGAUUCAUUGUUCUGUGUGCCACCAUCCAGGUUCUUGUAAGGACCAUGAGCUCAGUGGAUGUAAACUGUGUGGAAGUGUUAAGUCCUGUGAACCACAUGACAGCCAAUACUGCUGCCUUUGUGAGUGGCAUUGUUCAGAGCGAGUGAAACAGACAAAUGCAGUGGAGGACAAUAUCAGAAAAAAAGCUAGAGGUUGUGAGGGCUUUCCAUUUUCUGAGGUUAUCGAAGAAUUUCUUGUAAACAAAAACAAACUGGUCAGGAUAAUGGAGCGCCAGAGGCCAGAUUUAUUGUCUUUUCAGAGACUUGCUUUUGAGAAGAUGGAAUGGACCAAACACUAUGCUUGCAAGAAACUGUUGUCACUGUUGACACACUAUGACAUGAUCAAAAGAAAGUCUGGUCAGACAGAUACAGAGCAGCUGCAGGCAAUACGGAUAGUCAGGACACGUGUUAAAAAUGGAAUUCCUUGUUUUGAAAUUGAAUGGCAAAAACCAGAGCAUUAUGUUACAGCAGAUGAUCAGCCCACAGAGUCCUUUGUGGUUACAGUAGAGAAAGAAGCUUUGUUUCAGGCUGCCUAUCCUGACAUUGUUGGCUUCUAUAAAGUGGAAAAGUUGGAAGUUUUGGAAAGGAAACAGAGAAGUAAGAAAAAUAAACCAAAAGAAAAAGAACACUCAAAUAUCGAUGGUAAUGUUGCUGAUCUUCUGUCUGUGAUGAAUUUGCAAUCUACAUGUGAAAGCUUUCCUGAGCAGGAUUCCAAGUCAGAUUUUAAAACUCUUCCUGAUAAUCAAAUGCAGGAGAAAAGUAUCUCCAAAUCUAAUGAUUCCCUUUUAGCUGCAGAUUUUUCCACUGUAAUUGUUCAGUUACAAAACCCAGUAUCUACCCUUCCUCUAACUGCUUCACCCAACACUCAAUAUCACAGUGUUUUAGAUGGCUCUCUUACUUUACCAGCACAGUUUACUCAACUCCCUGAGGCAUCAUCCUCUUAUGUUUCUUCUAUGAUAGUUGAUCUGCAACUGAGUGGCAUUGAUUGGGAUGGAACCUCAUUCAGCAUUUCACCAGCACAUGUUGAUUCUGCCUGUUGUUCAGUGUCUGAGCUUGGUGCAUCUAAUAAUUGUAUAAGCCAACCAUGUACACUUCAGCACAAAACAAGGGAAAACACAAAAUAUUCUGGUGCCACACAAUCUGAUGAAGAUUCUUGCAUCAGUGCAGAGUAUUUGGUUCCAACCCCUACUGAUCUGGUAGAACAGCUUCAGAAGUUGCCUUUAAGAGAACGAAUAUUUCUGAAGACGUCUGUGCAGAAAGAUACUGCACUGUCUCUAAACGUAGUGCAACCAAAACCUUUACAAUUGUUGAAACAAAUUAAAGAAACAUCAAUUCCUGAGACUGUUUCCGCUUAUCCUUCAGUUCAAUUAAGUGACACCACAAAAGAAAUCAAAAUGUUAUCAGAAAAAUAUCUGAAAGUCUCUAGUGUACAAAAUUACCAGGAACAGUACAAAAAACUUGGCAACUUGGUACAAAUGGAGCAAAAACACCCCAAACACAGCUGUUUGAAGUCUGUGGGUUUGAGAAGUCAAGCAGCAGAGCCUUUGCACUCCGAAGGUGAAUCAGUGAAGUUAACAAAGGCCACAGAUAACUGUCACAUUAGAAAAUUCUGUACUCAAGCUACUUGGAAAACUUCAAUUAAAAAGAGUGUGUGCCAUGACAGACAUUCUUCUAGUGAGGACAGUGAUGAUGGGACUAUGAUGGAUAAAAAUCAGAUUUACAGAAUUAAACAGCGGAGGCAACUAAAUCCAGCUCAGAUGAAGGAAAACAUCACCAAGGAGAGGGGUAACGGAGGAUCAAAUCUUUCAACUAAAUGGAAAGAGAGAGGGGCAAAUUUAAAAAUAACUAGCAACAAUUUGUCAAUGCAAGUAUCUCCAAAACCUGCCUCGGUAGUGGAAGCUAACAGUUUCCCAAGCCCAAUACUAUCAUUUAAAAGAUUAGAUUCCUGUUCUUCUCUGCAGCAAAGCAAAAAUGAUGACUGUGAUGUAUGGGUAGAUAGUCCCCUGCCUCUGUCUGAAAGGCUCAAACUAAGACUCAAAAGCAAUUAGUACUUCAUUAAAAAUACAUUACGUUAAACAGUUAACUUAGAGUCUAAAACUCCUACAUAAUUCCUUUCCUCAUUCAUAGCAUUGGUAUAUGCAAGCUCAAGAGACACUGUAUUGCAAAGUUAACAUAGUCAUAAUUAAUAGAAAGCAUUGUGAAGUCCUGCUUACUUGGUACUGAAGUUUGAAAUGUAAACAUUGUCAAAAUUAUGCCAUCCCAGGAGUACAGCUGACGUGCCCUGAAAUCCAUUUGACUGUGUAGUAUUUUCUUGCCAUAAGCACCAUAGCCAUGGACAAAAUAUACAACACUGAUAUUUUAUUCCAAAAGAGGUAAGGUUUAUUUAAUGAAGCAUUAGCCUUUUGGCUUGUAAGGAUAGACCCAUAAUAUAGUUACAAUGUGCUAUGCUGCUGUCAGGUGUUUUCAGCAAGACCUACUGAUACAGCUUUUGUGUAACUGAAAUUCCCCAUUGUGCACCACUCUCUUGAUGGGGUGUUAACUUUAAAACAGGCUUACAAUACUUGGUUACCAGUGGUGUUGAGCAUUUUUAAAAGAAAUUACCAGAUAAAUUCAGCAGUUGAGCUUGUCUAGGGUAGCUGAAUUUGUCUGACAUGUCCUAUAAUAAACUGCUAGAACACAUGUCUAGUCCAGAAAAGGAUAAAUAAUCACUUGAAUCAGUGCCAGCUGAGUGGACUCAAAGUGAGUAUUUUAGGUGCAUUCUAGUUCUGUAAUUGCUAUCUCUACACUUUUAUUUAAAUGUAAUUGUAUUAAAUGUUUGUAGCUGGUGGCAUUUUUUUGCUGCAGAACAGGAAGAAUGAAAUCUCUGCAAGUUUUGAUGUGCCUUUAGGUAAUAGCAGAGAAGAGGUUAAAUUAUAGGAAACCUAAAAUUACAUUUGCUAUUGCAACUUCAUUUACAAGCAUCACAUAUUUUAAAUCAUUGUUUGUAAAAGGAGCCUUGAAAUUAGACUUAAAACAAAAAAGCAACACAAUAAUUUCCACCCAUUAAUACAGAGAUACAAUUGACUGGGACUACAUAUCCCACACUACAUACUAUUUCCCACAGAUCACCACUGAGUUCCCCAUUGCUGUAGGUCAGGGGUUUGCAAGCUGGGGGUGGUGACCCCUCAAGCUGGGAGUGGUGAUCCCUCAAGCUAGGGGUCAUGAGAUGGUUACGUGGGGGUCAUGAGCUGUCAGCCCGUGGGUGGGCCUGGCAAUGGAUGGGGCUGACAGGCCUGAGCCCUUGUUAUGUUAAAUUAAUAUUAACACACACACCCAUUUCUAAUUUUGGGGUGGGAGUCACAGAGGCUUGCUGUAUAAAGGGGGUCACAAUACAAAAAGUUUGAGAAUCGCUGUGGUACGUGAAGUUAUGCAUGACUUCAUCAUAGCUAGCAGCCAGUGAAGACUUUUUGAUCAAGAAGCAAUAAUGUCAGGUUUACAGAAUUUGUAGAAGUUAGAGAAAAGGGGAACCUAUGAUCUCAACUAAUCAAUCCCCUUCCCUCUUGCAGGACAGUUCUCUUCAGUAUGUUUCCCAGGAAAAGGGAGAAAUGGCUCCUUUACAAUAACUUUCCAUGAGUUCCUCUUCUGUAAAAUGGGAGAAAUAGUAUUUCUUUACCUCACAGGUGUUUGUGAAGGUAAAAUUAUUUAAGUAGUGUGAGGUGUUUAGAUACUACAGUAAUGGAGGUGAUAAGUACAUAAAAUAGAACAGAAAAGAGAAGUAUUUAAAUAGAAAACUCAAGAUCUGUACCUUCUUGGGAGGAUCAAGCCUUCUUGGUCCAGCCAGGUGGCAAGAGAGAGUGAUUAAAACUACUUCUGAAAAUAAUAGCAUUUAUUCUAGCUACAUAAAGGAAUGAAGCAAAAGGAUCAUUAGUAUACAUAUGAAAAGGUGCUCAUGAAAUGCUUCAUGAGUUUUAUUAUGUAGUUACUAGAAAAUGUGAGUAGGGAUCAGUGGUUGACUAGAUCAGGACUACUACAUUUUGAGAGACCAGUGCUGUAAGUAACUUACAGAACUGUCUGUGUGGUUGUCUGUCUGCUUUUUAUGUGGUUAUGAUUUUCUUUUUGAAGGUAUUAAUUGUUUCUAAAACUGCCCAUUGAUUUUGGAGACUGAAUGAUGGAAGAAGAAAUGUAUUUUCUUUACCUAGGAAAAAAGAAAGAUGCAGCUCCUACUCUUCUGCUUUGAUGGAAUAAGAUUUGGAAUUUUUAAGCAUUUAAAGCAAAUGUCCUCUCCAUUUUGUGACCAUUUUCCUAUUUUUCCCUUUUGGAAUAUGGGGCCUGAUGAUUAUUAGACAUUAAGUGUUCUCAGAGGAUGUUCCACUGCAGUCAUGAAUUUUGCUUGGUCUCUGUAACUGCAUAGAUGGAUGAUAUCUUGUAAGUAUUUUGUCAGGAUUCUGAUUUGAACCCACUCUUUCUUGGAUGAUGGAGGUCAGAUAUGUAAAGUAUAUCAAAGAUUCCAGCACUGUGUAUUGUUGGAAUCGCUGUAAGAGCCACAUUCAGUCCCACAACUCAGGUUCAGGUAUGUGCAACAGACAGGAAAUAUAUAAUUUCUAAUGUCUGAUUCAUCUCUACCUUUCAUAAGCUUUACACCUAUGUAACUCCAUUAUCAGGAGCAACUUUGGUGAAGACAUACACCAGUGUGAGAGGAAAACAGUCCUAAGAUAGUUCAGCUCACCCUUGCAUUGAGUUAGCACAGACCAUAUAGCCUUGUUCUGGUAAAUCUGUUAAGUAAAGCUUGAGACAUCUUUCCAAUGAAGAAACUUACCUAUGUUAGAAAUGUUACUUUUCUGUUUUAUCAUCUUGUAUUAAAUAUGCUGAAUCUAAUUAGGAGACUGUUAGGCCAGUAAACAGUUUGUCCUAUACUGAAUAACAAUUGUGGUAAUGCUAGACUUCUAAAUGAACAUCUAGACAUACAAUAAUACAUAAUAUUUUCCAUCUAAUUGUAUCAUUUGUAUUGAAGACCAAGAUAUGUGUUUACCUUUAUUAUGCUUGUUGUAUCUGAAAUUUUUUCAAAAAGUUCUUAAAGUGUUGUGCACAAAAGUAAUUAAGUGUUUGAAAAUGUAAUUAAUUAUAUAUUGCAAAAUAUAAUUUGUACCAAAACAAUCUCUUCAUGAUUUUAACUUAA